CUGCGCUGCUGGAGGUGGGGCCUCGCUAGAGAGCCGCUAAAUUGGGCAUCUUUUCAGAGAAAGCUGAGCCCACUGUGUAGAGCGAAGUGAAGCUGGCUAAACUGGUAAAGGGAGGGACUGAUGAUGUGGCAACCAUCACUUCUGCUGUUGCUGCUGCUGCUGAGGCGCGGUGCCCAGGGCAAGCCAUCCCCUGAUGCAGGCCCUCAUGGCCAGGGGAGGGUACACCAGGCGGCCCCCCUAAGCGAGGCUCCUCAUGAUGACGCCCACGGGAAUUUCCAGUACGACCAUGAGGCUUUCCUGGGACGAGAAGUGGCCAAGGAAUUCGACCAGCUCAGCCCAGAGGAAAGCCAAGCGCGUCUGGGGCGCAUCGUGGACCGGAUGGAUCGUGCAGGGGACGGGGACGGCUGGGUGUCGCUGGCCGAGCUCCGUGCUUGGAUCGCUCACACGCAGCAGCGGCACAUACGGGACUCGGUGACCGCGGCCUGGAACACGUACGACACGGACCGCGACGGGCGCGUGGGUUGGGAGGAGCUGCGCAACGCCACCUAUGGCCACUACGCGCCGGGUGAGGAAUUUCAUGACGUGGAGGACGCGGAGACCUACAAGAAAAUGCUGGCUCGGGACGAGCGGCGUUUCCGGGUGGCGGACCAGGAUGGGGACUCGAUGGCCACGAGGGAGGAGCUGACAGCCUUCUUGCAUCCCGAGGAGUUCCCUCACAUGCGGGACAUCGUGAUUGCUGAAACCCUGGAGGAUCUGGACAAGAACAAGGAUGGCUACGUCCAAGUGGAUGAGUAUAUCGCGGAUCUGUACUCGGCCGAGCCCGGGGAGGAGGAGCCCGCCUGGGUGCAGACGGAGCGGGAGCAGUUCCGGGACUUCCGCGAUCUGAACAAGGACGGGAGGCUGGAUGGCAGUGAGGUGGGCCACUGGGUGUUGCCCCCCGCCCAGGACCAGCCGCUGGUGGAGGCCAACCACCUGCUGCAUGAGAGUGACACGGACAAGGAUGGGCGUUUGAGCAAGGCCGAGAUCCUCAGUAACUGGAACAUGUUUGUGGGCAGCCAGGCCACCAACUACGGCGAGGACCUGACACGCCACCACGAUGAGCUGUGAGCCCACCCCCCCAUGUGUGUGCUACAGCCUUGUAGCCCCAGGGGAUGACUUGAAGAGGGGCCCCCUGUGACCAGGCCCCCCCUCCCUGUCUGGACCUGCGGGGAGUGGACGCCCGCACCCGUGUCCCUCUGCCAUUGAGCUCUCAGGGACCCACCAGGUCAACGUCUCCAAGACACUGCAGCCCCUCCCAGCCCUUCCCACCCUGCCCCCAGGGGUCUCGUAGACCCCAAGGGUGAGUGAACAAUCCGUUUCUCACUGGUAAAAUCACCCAGCCCAGACCAGGGAGGGGCUCCCAAACCAAGCUCAGCCUCCAGGAGCCUCCACCCACCACCUCAAUGCCCCAUCCCAGCCUCAUACCACACCGUAGAGAAAUCCACCCCAACCCCCCCACCCCUGCCCUUGACUCACCUGAGGGCACUGGCCCCAGAAUGCCUCCUCUCUGCCAUGGAGGCAAUAAACUCCAGUGCUGGGGUCUU